AUGAAUAGCAGGUCUGUUCCAGCAGCUGCGCGUCCCGGUCCAGCGAAGAGAGAGUCUCCGGGAGCACAGAGUGCCCCACUCCGUGCGCCGUCCGCAAGGAAGAGACCUCGGGGCAAAAGGAUGGCCUCGGAAGGGGAGAGCAUCAAUCUUCAAGGCGUGAAUCCUCAUCUCCGGAUUAACGGGCCAAUGAACAUCAACCACUACGCGACAAAGAAGAGUGUGGCGGAGAGCAUGCUGGAUGUGGCGCUGUUCAUGGCAAACGUCACACAGCUCAAAGCGGUGCUGGAGCAGGGGGCUUCCUUCCAGUACUAUGCCACUCUCAUUGUUCUCAUCAGCAUCUCCCUCUUCUUCCAGGUGAUGAUCGGGAUUCUCCUCAUCAUCACCGCUCGUUUGAACCUGAAUGAUGUUGCAAAGCAACCCCGCCUGAAUAUACUCAACAAUGCUGCCACGGCUCUCAUCUUUAUCACGGUCAUCCUCAACAUCUUCAUCACAGCCUUUGGGGUACAGAAGACUGGCCUCUACCCUACCAAGAAUUUUCGACCUUAUUAA